GGCGGCGUCGACAACGCCAUCCUCCCCAGCCGACCAAAUCACCAACCGAGAGGAGCCCUAGCAUGAGCGUGAGAGGGGAGAUGGCUCCCCGCCGCCGCAGCACCUCUCCGCCGCCCGCCUCUCUGCCAGACGACGACGACAUGCUUCGGGAGAUUCUCCUCCGCCUCCCGCCGCGGCCUUCCUCCCUCCCCCGGGCCUCCCGCGUCUGCAAGCGUUGGCGCCGCCUCGUCGCCGACCCCCGAUUCCAACGCCGCUUCCGCGACCACCACCACGGCAAGCCUCCUCUCCUCGGCUUCUUCUUCGAAGACUAUCGCUCCUGUCCGUUUGUACCAGUGCUGGAUCGACCAGAUCGCAUCCCCCGGGAUCGCUUCUCCAUGUCUCGCCGCGAGGACAACCGCAUCGUCGACUGCCGCCACGGGCUUGUCCUUUUCCUCAGCGGAAGGCCGCCGCGCAGCCCAAGUGUGUGGGACCCCGUCGCCCGCAAGCAGCGCUGCCUGACCCUCCCACCAGAGCUGGACAACGACCGGAUGUACUUUUUCAACGCGGCGGUGCUUCGCCCUGCCCGCGGCCAACGCCGCCGUUCAAGCCAAUUCCAGGUGGCCCUGGUAGCCUAUGACGACAGAGGAGAAACAAGAGCUUCGGCAUGGGUUUACUCAUCGGAGACUGGCAUAUGGAGCAAGAGCAAAUCACUGCAGCUGCAAUCUUCUGUACCUAUGGACCAAUCCAGUACUUUGAUUGGGAAUUCUCUUUACUGGUUACAUACCUAUGCGGCGAAUGUGCUUCAGGACCAUCGUCAGUAUUUCGUACUUGAGUUUGAUCUGAAUAAUCAGAGCCUAGCCGUGACCGAGCUGCCGGCACACAUAGAACCCGGGUAUCACACAUUGAGGAUUAUGCCCGCCGAAGAUGGUGGGCUUGGCUUCAUCCAUCUCUCACUAUUCAAUGCCCAACUAUGGAAGAGAAAGCCUGAUUCUGAUGGUUCAGCUGUAUGGGUGCUCGACAGAGAUAUUGAAUUCGGGGAACUUAGAUCAACUUGCAAGGGCGACUCCCUCACUUUUGUUGGGUUUGCCGAGGAGAGUAAUGCAAUCCUUGUAUCGACAGCUUCUGGUGUCUUCGUGGUCUAUCUCCAGUCAAUGCAGUUUAAGAAACUUUCCAAUACGGUGUUCUUCUUUCCCCAUUAUCCAUAUGAAUGUUGCUAUGCUGCAGGUACUGGCAUUGUUGAUGUACAUGGCAGAGAUGAAGUGUUGAAAUAUAUGGGAGAUGCUCGUCUGUUAGCACAUGUUAGUACUUUGUGAUGACUGAAAAGGUAUGUCCAGGUUGCAGGAAUGGCUUAUCGGUGUAGGUUCUUCUGUUUUGUGGUGUUGUGGUCAGGGCCAGUGAUGGUCCACUCCAUCUGAAAAUUGAUCCAGUGUAGUAGUACUCAUCAAGUGUGAAGUACACUUGGAGGAAUGAACCGUUUAACUUGUUAGCUCCCACUCUUAUUUCAGUGACCUCUGUGGAGACAGCACGAAAAUUGGCUGUCUCUUGCUCCCUUGUACAAGUUGAUUAAGGCUUUCAGUGGCUCGUUUGCUUGUGUAUCACCAUUUUGAGUGCAUUUGCCAAGCAAGCUCGGCUCUUGGUUGACGAGUUGGUGCUCCAUGAGUCUCACAGUGAAAUUGGUUGCUCAUGCUGGAAACAGGGAAAUCCAGACAUCUUCAUAGGAUUCUGACGCUGCCUAGCAGCUAGCAGUGUUGGUCAUUUCCAAAUCCAUCUUCUGCAAGGUGGUCUGGAUUCCAUUCUAGACGAGGGAACCCAUAUGGACGGCCUUACGCGAUCAAAUAUCUAUCUAUCUAUCUAUCUAUCUAUCUAUCUAUCUAUCUAUCUAUCUAUCUUAUGUAAGUAUUGAAUUUGUAUGCUGAAUUGCUUUUUGUCAAUUGCAGUGUUCUACGCCCGUGCUGGGUCUGGCGAUUCUGGUCACCGUGUUGGUGCUCAAGUACAAGUACCACGUGCCCGAGCUGCAGGAUCCUAUUGACAUGGGGGCGUGUGUGUUUGUGGCUCUCUGCUUCAUGCCAUCUGGCUACCUCUGUACUCAAGACUAAUUAUGCCACAUCCAAACUUGGCUUCUUGUUUGCUUGCUUGCUUGGAGGAUUAGGUAGGCAUUUAGGCAGGCUCAUCACGACAAGUGAAUAGUCUGUUGCUCUUCUUGUUCGGCUUCUUUCAGGCAGCAGCUUGCAAGCCAGAAUAUCAACGACGGUUGAGGGACAACUUAUUAGGCAUUUGAGUGUUUACAUGCAUGGCUCGUGCCUAGAUAGACGAUGUUGAAAUUGUUUCUAAGGUUCUCUCUCUGUGCACUUUGGUGGUUGCUUGUCAGCGCAUGGAAUUGCUUACAUUUAUUCACUACCUUGCAUC